AUGAUGUACUUAACAUAUUACUUUAUUGAAAUAACUAUUUUCUUAGCUAUUUUAUGUACUAUAUUUAUAAUAUCAGCUAAAAAUCCUAUGGUUAGUAUAUUAUAUAUGAUUGCUUUAUUCGUUAUAGCAGCUAUGUAUUUAUACUUAAUUGGUUUAGGUAUAUUUAGUUUAUUAUAUAUAAUGAUAUAUAUAGGAGCUAUAGCAGUUCUAUUCUUAUUUAUUAUAACUUUAUUAGAUAUAAAUUCUACUGAAUUAUCAGUAAAAUCUAAUAUAAGAGAUUUACCAUUAGUAUUAAUUUCAUUAAUAGUUUUAACUAUAAGUGGUUUAAUGAUAUAUUCAAAUGAUAGUAUAUUAAUUAAUAAAUUAUUAGAAGCCUUUGGUAAUGAUUAUAAUACUAUAAUAACACAAGACUGGUUCAAUAUAGAAAAUACAACUUUAUUAACAACUAUAGGAAAUGUAUUAUUAACAAAUAAUGCUUUUAUCUUAUUAGUGUUAGCUAUAGUAUUAUUAUUAGGAAUUAUAGGUCCUAUAUCAAUAACAAUGAAACAUAAAGAAUAA